UGCAUAUACUUUUUUAAGUCAUUAUUUCUUGAAUUAAGAACAUUCAUAUUGGGUGGUUGCAACAAAAUUAAAAAGCAUGCUACUCUUAAGUUCUAUUGUAUGCAGUUAAUGCACCACAAAUUGUGCUUAGAAAAUUAUGUACCCGAAAGUUUGAAAAUAUUGAGUAAGUACCGUUAUUCAUGUUUUUCUACAGGUCUCGCGGGUACUGUGCACGGUGGUUCUUCAAGUUUAACAAUAACUUGUGCUCCGAGCCUCAGACAAUCGAAGGAGAGUGGCACGAAAACAGUAAUCAGUAUGCUGAAGUGGACAAAAGAAUCCCGACAUCAGUAAGCGGAAUGUGCAAGGGCCUGAGCGCGGGAAACGUGUUGGUCUCCUUCAACAUCGGCACGUGUAACGCUGGCACCGGGCGACACAGCACCUAUACCGGCUGGAUGACCAGGAUGACCAUCAUGGUGGAAGAAGUUCACGCGGAAGCUUAAACA